GGGCGGGGUUUAAGUUGUAGCUGGCUGUAUAUCUUCAGUCCAAUCUGGCAACCCUGCUGUGUGUUUCCUGCCGGCUUUAUUUUGAUGCUGCACCUCGGUGUGCUCCAUGUGGAGGUUGUGGAGUUAGCUCUCGGGUGUGUUGGUGGUAGAUGUUCCACACAGUCAUGUCUCCUCUCUACAGGAGUGUGUGUAGAGUCUGCUGGAGCUCCGGAGCCACGCCUCCUCUCACACUGACCCGGCCGUGUAAGACUGCUGUAGUGCCUUUUGUCCAGCCGGAGUUUCUGAGAGGAUCUCCACACCGUAAACACCCCGGAGUGACCAACCUGAAGACCAUAAGACUUCCUGAAGAACUGCAGAGUGCAGCAGUGUCAGUCAUCUACAAGUCGGAGGUGAAGGACCUGUCCGAGAGAGUGCGCAAGCUGACCAACUUCCUGUGGAGCAGGAAACGAGCGGUGGAGAGCCAUGAGCUGAGAGAGAGAGCCAUCGCACUGGAGGAGAAGUGGAAGGAGCAGGAGCGAGUGACCGAUGAAACCCAUGUCUCCAUAGAAACCCGGAUCAGGAAGAAGGUUUUAUCUGAGCUGAAGAGGACGACGUACCACUGGACACCUCUAAAGUACGACACUGACCUCGGGGUGGUGUACAUGACCGCCAGAUUAGCAGGGAGCUAUGCUGCAGUGCUGAGGGCUCUUAAUGAGAUAAAGAAGAGAGACUCGUCCUUCACUCCUCACUCACUGCUGGACUUCAGCUCUGGACUCGGCGCGGCUCUGUGGGCUGCACACACACACUGGGGCGAUUCUCUGAGGGAGUAUGUGUGUGUCAACGCCUCUGCAGCCAUGAACAGUCUGGCAGAGAGACUUCUCACAGGAGACACUGAAGGAGCUGAUCCACUCAUCAAACACGUUUACUUCCGUCAGUUUCUUCCUGUUUCUCCUAAGGUUCAGUCUGAUUUAGUUCUUGCUGCUUUCUCUUUAUCGGAGUUAGCCACUCAGGAGGCGCGAGAGCAGACGCUGCUCACACUGUGGAGAAAAACACACUCAUACCUGGUUUUGGUGGAAAAUGGAACAAAAGCAGGACAUCAGAUCCUCAUGGAGGCCAAAGAUAUUUUACUGAAGAAGGAAGAAAAAGUCAGCGGUGAUGUUGGGAGGCUGCUGGUGUUCGCUCCUUGCCCCCAUCAGCAGCCAUGUCCCAAAUUACUCAAGCAGCCAAUCACACCCUGCAACUUCCUGCAGCCCUACUACCCACUUCCUGUGUCAGGGGGCAGUGAGAGUGUGCAGGAGAAGUUCAGUUUUCUGGUCCUGACCCGGUCCGAGCCGCAGCAGUUGGAGGCAGGUCAGUGGAGCAGGAUCGUUUCUCCGGUUCUGAGGCGAUCCAGACAUGUGCAGUGUGAAAUCUGCUGCUCUAACGGAGAACUCAAACAGCUCGCCAUCACCGCAAGGCAUCAUGGGAGAGACACGUACCGCUGCGCUCGGAGCAGUGACCAGGGCGACAGACUGCCCAUGGUCCAGACUGAGAAACACACGGAGACUGACACACGGAGGAGUGAACCUCAGGCUUUAACCUCAUUCUCUCUCGGUUCUGCUGAAAAACUCCCCAGAACAUCAGACACUUCCACUGGUUCCACUGGUUCCUGA